CGAGCCGCGGGGGAAGGUCCGCGUGAGGCACAUGGCGGCCUCCGGGGCGAUCGGCACUUUCCGUCUCCCGCCGUUGCCCACGAUUCGAGAAAUCAUUAAGUUGUUCAAACUGCAAGCGGCGAAGCAGCUCUCCCAGAACUUCCUCCUGGACUUGAGGCUGACAGAUAAAAUUGUGAGGAAAGCUGGCAGUCUGACAGAUGCGUAUGUGUACGAAGUAGGCCCCGGGCCAGGGGGAAUCACCAGAUCCAUUCUCAAUGCCGGCAUCGCUGAGCUUCUGGUGGUGGAGAAGGACAGUCGCUUCCUUCCUGGACUGCAGAUGCUUUCUGAUGCAGCACCGGGGAAACUGAGGAUUGUCCAUGGAGAUGUGUUGACAUUUAAGGUCGAAAGGGCUUUUCCAGAAAGUCUUAAACGACAGUGGGAGGAUGAUCCUCCAAAUGUACAUAUUAUUGGAAAUCUGCCUUUUAAUGUGUCAACUCCACUCAUAAUCAAGUGGCUUGAAAAUGUUUCUCAGAGAGAGGGGCCUUUUGCUUACGGCAGAACCCAGAUGACGUUGACUUUCCAAAAGGAAGUGGCGGAGAGACUUGCAGCCAAUACGGGGAGCAAGCAGCGCAGUCGCCUGUCUGUGAUGGCCCAGUACCUCUGCCGCGUUCAGCACGUCUUCACAAUUCCAGGCCGGGCGUUUGUUCCCAAACCGGAAGUACAAGGUACUCAGAAGCGGACCAGUGACGCUACUACCGGCACAAUUAAGCUCCUGUGCUUGCUGCGAGAACGUGAGACCCGUGCUAGUUGGGAGAAGAAUCCUUUCCUGACCCACAUGCAGCAGUCUGCUGCAAAACCGGUUCUUCCAACCGCUCCCCAGUAGGGACGUCGAGUCUCGAAAGGACUCAGCAGAAAUAACCACGUCGUUACUGGUCUGUGAAAGGGUCCCAAAAAUAAUGUAGCACUUCAUUCUUUCCAAGCGAAAAGCUAGCACUUCGUGGCUUGGCUGUUUCAAUCUGGCAGCACUACUGUCCUCUUUGAGAAAUGUAAUGGCUUCUGAAAUACAGCAAUUACAUUCUGAACAGUGUGUUCUAUCAUGAGUCAUAUAUGUUUGACAAAAGGCAGUAUGUAUGGGUCAAAUCUUGGCUUUCCAGAGCCUCUCUGAGCCUCAGUCUCCUCUUCUGGAAAAUGGGAGGAUUGUAUGUAGGACCUAUGUCAUGGAGUUAAACAUGUCAGUGCAUUUUAAGGACUUAGAGCAAUAUCUACCCCCAUGGCAAGUACACAAUAAAUUGUAA